ACGAUUAAGUAUCUCAGUAUGACAGCAUGUCAACACUGCUUCAGACUUGUGUUUGGAUUUACACUCUCUGUCAUUUAAGUGUUUGGAUUUGAUUGUUUGUUUAGUUUCAGAACUCUGACGGUUAACAAUUAAACAUAAAAAAACAACAAUGAAUUCAGACGAUGACGAUGAUGAUCUUGUGCUACAAUGUCUAUACGAUGAAUUUACACUACUGGAAGUGGUAAUGGAAGGCGAUUUCGAAAGUGUACAGAGCAUACUUGAUGAUAAUCCUACGGUUGAUGAGUUAAAUGAAAGGGACAGGACAGGAAAGACCGCACUAGCACAUGCAUGUUUUAGUGGCUAUCUCCCGAUUGUUGAAGUUUUAUCAGAGGUGCCGGGGGUUGAUGUAAACUUAGCAGACAAAGAAGGCAACACACCGCUUAUAUUUGCAUCUCAAGCAGGAUAUAAAGAAAUUCUAAAAGUAUUAUUGAAUGAUUUCCGAAAAAUUAAAGUCGAUCAAAAAAGUAAAGCUGGAUUUACUGCUUUGAUGAAGUCUGCUAUACAAGGACGUACAGCAUGUGCAAAACUGAUAUUAUUCGCAGGUGCUAACCCACGUCUCCGUGAUAACGGCAGGAAAUUAACAGCAGAGGAAUGGGCAAGGUUUACAAAUCGACAUGAAUGUGCUGAUGAAAUAGCUAAAUUUACCAAACUGAAACGUUGUCUCUUUGGUGGAAGUAAAAAAAAUCACAAAAGGUCAAAUAGUGAACCGGACUUAAUAAUAGCAGCAGAAAAAUGCAAAGAAUGCAAACCUAUACAAAGACAGAAAUCUAAAUCGUUCCGAAAGAAAGUAAAAAAAUUCAUUCCAUGGAGUAAUGACUCAUCUCCAUCACUGAAAGAUCAGAAUCCAUUUGAAAUUAUUGCAAGGUGCGUGUCAACACCCGUACUUCCUGGUGGCCUUGUCCCGACAGCGGCGCAACCUAGACUGAAACGACCCGUCAGUGUUGAUCAUAUCCCGAGAGUUGAAAUUACCUCACCUAUUGAAAAGGGUUAAUGCAAUUUAUGCUACAUACUUUUUUUACAUCGGAGUAUCGCCUAAUGAAUGAAAAAAAGAAACAGUUGGAACUGGUGGAUUUAUGAUUUUUGCAGGGGGAUGGAAAUUUCCGAAAAAAAUUGAAUAUUUAUUUUAAAUUUUUUUGUGGACGAGUAUAUUCCCAAAAUUAUUAUACAUCAUAAGAAAUACUCCCGCUACGCACUAUCCAUUGAUCUGCCACUGACUUUGGUCAAAUAUUAUUACAUUGUAUAUGAUGACAUAUCACAAGCUAUUUGUCAGAU